AUGGCCACGCAGAAGCGCAUCCUGUUCGCCAUGGUUCAGCCGCGGGUGGCCCUGGUGGUCGCCAUGGCGGCGGUGCUCUUAGGAAGAUGUGACGGCUUUCAUGUUGGAGCGCAUGCAGGGAUCAAGACGAGCAGAAGGGCCGAGAUCUGCAGGCUGCGAAUGCAAGUAGACGACAUGUGGAAGAGAGCCGGGAGGCUGGCAAGAGACAAGCUGGGAGACGCCAAGGGGUGGGUGGACUCUGGAGCAGACGUCAGGUCAGGGACGAACCUCCGAGGCGCGGCAGGCGGAGCUCUCGUGGGGGCCCUGGUGGCCGGGCCGUUCGGGGCCCUGAUCGGGGGUUGGCUGGGUAAAGGCACAGGACUCUCUGAUGCCGCGCAAGCUGAGGAGCUCAAGAGGCUGGGGCUCACCAAAGAAAGCGCCAUGCUGCUCAAGCAGCUGAUCAUCGAUCUACGUGACACCGAAGACUCCCUUCGGAUCAUCGUAGAUGCUCGAGACAGCAAAGAGUCUCAAGUUCGAUCGCUGAAGGCCUCUAUCGACACCAGCAUGGCUCGAGCUCGCCAGCAGCUGGAGCAGGGCAACGAGGACCAGGCAAGAGUCCACUUGGCAGAAAAGCUGAGAGAUCAAGAGAAGCUGCAGGCGCUGCAGGGCGACCUGCUGGACCUGGAGGCCCGUGAGCAGCAGGUCAAGAUCAACAAGGAUGCGCUGGAGGACAGGAUCAACAACUUCGAAGGCUUGCGCAAGCGUCUGCUCUCUUCCAGCUCGGGACAAGAUGCCUUCUCAGGAGGAACGCUGGACGGAACCAUCAGGGACCCUCUGCUCGACAAGUUUGACAAGUGGGAGAAAUCAGACUAA